AAAGUCCACCAGCAAAGACACCAUGAAAUUCAUUUUCCUUCUGGCAUUCCUGGGCGCAGCAGUUGCUGUCCCUGAUGACGAUGAUGAUAAGAUUGUUGGGGGCUAUACCUGUGCCAGGGACUCUGUCCCCUACCAGGUGUCGCUGAAUUCCGGGUACCACUUCUGUGGGGGUUCCCUCAUCAAUGACCAGUGGGUUGUAUCUGCUGCCCAUUGCUACAAAUCGCGUAUCCAAGUGAGGCUCGGGGAACACGACAUUUUUCAGCUAGAAGGAGGAGAGCAGUUUGUCAACUCGGAAAAAGUCAUUCGCCACCCCCAGUACAAUUCUUGGCUCCUGGAUAACGAUAUUAUGCUCAUCAAGCUGCCACAGCCUGUUGAACUUUCCGCUCAGGUCGCACCCAUCCCCCUGCCCAAGGAAUGUCCAGCUCCGGGCACCGAGUGCCUGAUCUCAGGUUGGGGCAACACCCUCAGCAGUGGUGUUAAUAACCCUGACCUUCUGCAGUGCGUGGUGGCUCCCAUCCUAAGUCAUGCUGCAUGUGAAAACUCUUAUCCCGGGCAGAUCACCAAUAAUAUGAUGUGUGUUGGAUACUUGGAAGGUGGCAAAGACUCCUGCCAGGGUGAUUCUGGCGGACCUGUGGUCUGUGACGGGGUGCUCCAAGGUAUUGUUUCCUGGGGAAUCGGAUGUGCUUUGCCCGAUUACCCUGGUGUCUACACCAAAUUCUGCAACUAUGUCGACUGGGUCCAAGAAACAAUCGCCGCUAACUAA